CAUUUUUGCUCCGGAUGGACGAAAAAGUGCUGCUAUCAUCCCCGGGUUCUCGCAACACUUGCAAUUGAGUGGGGUGUUGUCUCGGUGGUCUCAGUUGACCUGGUCUGCAUCUUCAACUAUCCUAGACCUCAAAAUUCUCCUGAUUCAAUUAUCUGAGAGCAUGCCCAGCUACUAAUCUUUAACUUGACUUUCCGCUAUAUUCAAGAUAGCAUUGCGGCACUCGCCUGAACUCCGAUCACGACCCAUUGACUAUUCAGUCUCUCUUUCAACUCUUCAUCGGGGUUAUUUGCCAUCAUGUUGCAAACCCGCAUGGCCUUGACGGGCUUGCGCCUGCCUUUCAGAUGCCUGUCCUCCGCGAUGUCAUCCCGGGCAUACUCCACCAUCCGCGAGACCGAAACCGAAAACCCCUCCGCUGGCGAGUCUGCGGUCUCGUCGUUCGACCCCAAUGCUACCUUUGCUCCUCCGCCCGCCCGUGAACCUACCGGUAUUCAAAUGCGCACCUACACACCCCGCACACCCGGUGUCAGACAUUUGCGGAGACCGAUCAAUGAUCACCUCUGGAAAGGGCGUCCCGUGCAUAAGUUGACUUUUCCCAAACGGGGUCAAGCUAAGGGUGGCCGUAACAAUUCCGGAAGAGUUACGGUUAGACAUCGUGGUGGUGGUCAUAAGCGCCGCAUCCGUGUGGUCGAUUUCGCGCGAGCCGCACCAGGUCCCCAUACGGUCGAGCGCAUCGAACAUGACCCCGGCCGGUCCGCUCACAUUGCUCUCCUCCGCAGUAAUGAGACUAAGAAGCUUAGUUAUAUCGUUGCCGCCGAUGGCAUGAGAGCUGGUGAUGUAGUCGAGAGCUACAUGUCCGGAAUCCCGGAGGCACUGUGGAAGAGCAUGGGAGGUGUCGUGGAUCCUGGUGUGUUGGCCGCCAGAACCGCCUGGAGAGGAAAUUGUCUGCCAUUGCACAUGAUUCCAAUCGGUACAUUGAUCUUCAAUGUUGGUCUACGCCCCGGCAAGGGUGGCCAGCUGUGCCGUAGCGCUGGUACCUAUGCUACCGUCAUUGCCAAGGGUAGUGACGAACAGGCUCGGUACGAAGAGAACUUGAGGCUAGAGCAGGGAUCAAACGAGGCCCCUAAGCGCAUGACUCAGCGUGAGCAGCAGAAGCGCGAACGUAUUGCUUCACAUAUCACGAUCCGCCUUCAAAGCGGUGAAGUUCGACUUAUCCACAAGGAUUGUUGUGCCACUAUCGGUGUUGCCAGCAACCCCAACUACCAGUACAGGCAGCUCGGUAAGGCUGGUCGGUCUCGUUGGUUGAACAUUCGGCCUACUGUCCGUGGUCUUGCCAUGAACGCUGCUGAGCACCCUCACGGUGGUGGACGUGGUAAGUCCAAGGGUAAUGUGGAUCCGAAGAGUCCUUGGGGUAUGCCGGCGAAAUCGGGUUACAAGACUCGUCCUAAGUGGAAGGUCAACAAGGCUGUUGUCGUGCCCAGAGUUCGCAACCAGGGCAAACGUCGCCGUGGAUACAGCUAGACGUCUCCUCAGGUACAAUUUUCUCUUUCUUUCUUCCGUCUUUCGCUCUCUUUUCCCGCGGCAAUCAGCACGUUCCAUCUCGAUAGGAAAGGUGCUGGAGUGACUACAGUCAUACUGCUCUGACUUGCUCACUCAUAACCGCAUCUCAUUUGCAUUCGGUUGUAUGUACUUUAUUUCGUCUCCGGCCUGGGUUUCUCUCGAGGGUCUCUAGAUAUCUAGUCUUGUUGCACUGCUUCUCGUCCGGGGUUCAUGUCCACCAUCUUCAUCUGCUCUGGCGUUGUUUCUGUAUACUAUUUCAUGGUUGGAAAUCCACGAUUAAAAUGUUAUAUCCAGC